ACUUGGGUGUUUCUUGGGGUGGAGUUUGGGCACAGCCAGCGCAUGUGUGUGUGUGCCAGGAGCUCCUCAGCGAGCUGCUGCCUGCAGUGGUGCCCUUACACCGGCGGAACGGCAUUACCUACAGCUGGAGUCGCUCCGGUGCGUGCCUCUGCAUCUUCUAUGGCGCAGUACCUUGACAACAAUACCCCAUGGCACUGAAACAACCAGAGAAGAGCCCACUUUCCUCCCAGAUUCUGGGUCUCAAUGACCUUUCAAGAGCUCCCCAUGAAAUGCCACUGUCUGGGUGCCCGAGGAAGUGGAUCAAAGAGACUGAUUCAGCCUACUUGAGGCUGGCAAAGCAAGGAGGCCGACCUGACCUACUGAAGCACUACACUUCUGUGGAAAUGAAGACCCCUCCAGCAGCAUAUGCUGCACCUGACUGGUACUCACACUGUGCCAAUCCUGCAGGGAUUGAGAAGCCACGGAGCUAUGCUUUCUCUCUACCAGAUUAUAUGGUUCACAGAGAAUUUAUGGCUGAUGACCAUCAUGGUAACAGUUAUCAGAAAAGAAGAGGGCCUUUUGAUUUUGAUACAAAAAAUGUUUGGCAGCGGGAAGCUGAGGACAAAGAAAAUGCAGAGAAAAAGAAGAUUUCUCUAUCACAGGUAAAGCUCCCACCUAUAAGCCCGAAAUAUCCAAGCAGAAUGCCAACUGUUUCUACAAACAAGGAAUUUAGUGGAGAAAAUAAGCUUUCCUUCCCACCCAUGCCUCCUCAGAGAAAAAGUGAAGCCGUAAAUUUUAGCAAAUUAAUAAGCAAUGGUUAUGCGACUGACUGGUCUCAGCAGUGUACUGGAUGGGAAAAAAAGAUUGAAGAAACAUCAGAAAAUAGUGAGCACUCUGAAGGUGAGUGUCAGGAGAAAACAGAGAACUAGAAGUUGUAUGGUUUUGUUCAGAAGAAAAAAGCCAUAAAACUGAGGGAUGAAACCAGAUCUCAGUCUGGAUCUGAAGGAGAAUGCAUAACCUUAGAAACCACUCUUCAAGUUAAGUAUCCAAGCUCUGAUCAUGCAGAGGAUGCUGCUUUGAGAGGCUCAGUGACCCAGCAAUUCAAACAUGGAGUCUAAAAGUGCUCUUCCUCAGCAUGAAAGAAAACUUUGCAUAUUCUUGUCUUCAGAUUGUAUUUAACUUUCUUAUAUGCUGACAUUUUGCUUUCCCAUUGCAUUGAGUAAAAUUAAAGGGGAUUUCUAAAUCUUGAUUAAAUUAAUUUGGUGAUAGUUGAUUUCUUUAAGGUGUGUGCCUCUAAUGAAACAUCUGAGAUAUAAAGAAAACUUGAAGAUUUUUCAGAAUAAGCAUGAAAUUGGUUUGGUUAUGCCACUUAGGCAAUAGAGAAUUAAAAUAUGGGUACAUUGUAAAGGCUGCUGAAAAAUCAGCAUGCUGCACAGAUUGCCAUAUAGAUACAUCUAACUUUUGAGUUGCUUUACUUUUUCAAAUUUUUAAUAACAUGAUACCUGCUUUGCUUCUAUUGCCUUUGUUUGCAAACAUAGCUAUUCUGAUUGAGAUUGGUUCUGUAUCUCAGUAUAAAAGGAGAUUGCUUUUAAUGCUCUUAAGAAUAUGGUUUCAUCCAGAUGUGUAUUUUCCUUCAGUUUUGACGUUGUUCUUUUCAUUCUUUUAGGUGAUUGCUGAAGGGAGUGCAUUUACUUUUCCCCCACUUGUUAUUUUUUUUCAGUUCAUCCAAAGCAAUUGGCAGCAUGAACACCUUGCAACUCCCUUUUG